AUGGCCGUCAAAGGCCUGCUGUUCAUUCGUUGCCGGGCAUGGCUCGAAGCUCUUCGCUCCACGUUUUCGCGUCUCGUCCACCAAUUCGAAACGCAAUGCCUCCCUGUCGCCAUCCAGUCCAUCGACGAGGACUCGAACGCCUCCCUCACUGAGCGCUACGAGAUGAGCUACUUGGCCCUUGACGACCGGCUUAAAUCGCCCCCUUUACAGCUAAUGCCCCCGGAAUGGCGGAGCGGAGAUCAUGAAUGGGUUUACACCGUCGAUUUGGACAAGGAGAUCUUUAGCAUCGACAAUGCCGUCCAUUUCCGGCUCUUCAGCAUCGCCAGCGACCGGAAUUGGACCAUGUACCUCGGUAAGGACGCUCGUCGCCGCCGCGCGCCUGCCAAGUGGACACCCUCACAUGUGCUUGCCGAUCCCACCUUCAAGCCUCAGGUGAACGAGACCCUGGUUGAGAUGUUCAACCGGCUCAAGGUCGAAGUGGUUGCGCCAGAGUCCUUCUAUCUCCCUCAAGAUAUCUCCUUUCUUCGUGAAUCCUUUCUGGCCUCAGCGUUCACAAGAUUGCAGGGGCACUAUCGCGAUCUCCUGGACGGGAGCUAUCUUGAAUGGGGCCCCACAGACUUUCCCUUCAGAGAGAUAGCAUAUGCUAUCGUGUCUCUGGCCACGGGUGCUGUAUCGUUUGCGAGUAUCAGUUCCUUGGAUGCCAACCACAAGAAGGAGGGGUAUUACCUUGUUCAUGGUGAAAAAUCUUCAAACUCUGGGUUUCCGAGCCUCCGACCAACCCUUCUCCCCCGAUUUUUGCACGAGUCACACUAUCCCGGGGUGGGGGCCGGGUCGGCUCCACGGCAAACAAUGUAUUGGUUGGAUAGUGUCUUGGUCCACUUGGUCUCGGGCCUAGAUCGCGUCGACAUAGAAGAAGCCGCGAUUGCCGAAGCCGUGGAAGCCGGACUCGAACAGGGGCGAAAGUCAUUCUAUGCAAUCGUCUUCUCGAUUUUGGAUGUAAUCCUGCUGCGUGUACAGAAGAAAUCAUGCCUGGGUGUUGUUGUGGAGAGAAGUCCACUUAUGACAUUGUUCGAAUUUGAUGACACUAAUUCUUCGUUCGCAAGAGGGCCUCGGAAUCGAUUGCCUCGCAAUUUUGGAAACGUCAAGGAAUCUCAAGAUGGCACCAGAUCUCAUAGCAAUCUUUGGGCCGAUGAUCUUACCCAACCCAAAAGCCAUGACCGUCAACUGGAUGAUGAUGCUUCCAAGUCACUGACAAUGCGCCUUGCCGGGAAGAUGAAGUAUUCCAUUGUCUUUGUGACACUAUUACGUUUCUUCGACGCAGCCACGUAUCAUGAUCUGGAAGGUGCAGUGUCCCAUGUAUUGCCGAACGAGACCCUGGCGAAUGUGAUGCAAUUCACCGAUACUCAAACAUAUCGCACGCUUAGCAAAUUGUCAGCUUAUUGCCGCAAGACCAGUCUUUCCGAUUUUCGGCUGAAUGACCAUUGUACCAUCGUUGACUUUGAUCUCCACAGUACCUCCUACACUUUGGUCGACAAGCGCACGGGAACGCAGAGCACCACUCGACUCUGUCGUGGGGGUUCCACGCGAGGAUGCAAGGAAUUAGUAUUGUCCCCGAUCAUCGGAAUCGAAGGCCCCUCAAGGCGCAGUAUCAUCGAUUCUGUGCAGUUGCACUUUGUGAACGUCCCUAGCAGGGAAGCACCUUACACAAAAACCAUUGCAAUGCCGCGCAGAGCGGCGUAUGACCGAUUGGCUUACCCCGGCUUCGCUCCCUCCAUCAACUUCGACAUGCUCUUCCAUCUUCCCGACCAUUUAUAUGUUGGGUCCGUCGAGGAGGGCUGGGACCGAUACCUCAAGAAGUUAAUUCGAAGAUAUCAGGAUGAGGAGGACAGCCCCGGAUCCAGUUUUGAUACGGGGCUGUUCGACUGUGUCCGCCCACCCGGAUACCGUGAGAUCACCAUGGACGCCUUCCGCUGCAGUGGCUUCCACUGUUUCCUGCGCCACGCCCGGGACGAGAGUGUCGACGAAUGGGUGGCCACCACGCAGUUUGCCCUGCGUCGUCUGCUUAUCCGCGAAGGCUGGGGCGGCGGGUAUGAGGCGGAGGAGAGAUUCCCCCUUCCCGGGCGGCCCGUCGUGGUCGCCUUCUCCGCCCGUGCCGGGCUCUUCUAUUAUGUGCAUCAUCGCCUUGAGAAGCCCAUUUUACCGCCGGGGGUAGGGUAUCAUAGCCUCGAGAUAGCGGAGAGAUGCACCGAUCCUGACCUGCAGCGCCGCCUUGUUCCGCUGAUCCCCGGGGUGAUCGACUUGAGGAAUUACUCGUCCCGGGUCGAGUUCGAGAGCUGGUUUGAGCGGUUCUGCCAUAGCGUCGGGGAGAAGACGGUGUACGAUCCGUUCACUGACCAACAGCAGCCUCUGACUCGUGUGCCGGAGCCACAGCCUCAUCUAAGUAAACAGCCUAUGACUAGUACGGAGCCUGUUGGGAGCGAUGUGGUAUAUGAUUUGCCUUCUAUGUAUAGGUCCUUAGGGUAG